AUGGCCUCAAACUGGUUCAAGCUUGGUCAGGGCAAUCAUCCCGAGAUGGAGUCGUCCCCAAACAACGCUGACAUGGCCAACUCAUCCAACCAAUACACUACCGACGAAAUAAAAGAUGUUCCCACUUCGCACCUCUCUCCAGAAGAACAGGCUACGAUGGUUGAAGCCCUGCAGUCAAUGGAAAUCACUUCGGUGGUCCAGGGUACCCAAACCGAACACACCGAAAACAACCAGAUUAUGACUCGUCCUAGAGCCUCGAGCAUGGAACACACUUCGGUUGACGAUCACCAUCGCGCCCUCCAGAGCCGUGAAAUGGCGUAUACCAGUAGCCUCUAUCGAUCCCGUUCGAUGAGUGAGCUUAGAGGCACAGACGAAGAGCCCCAGAUCCUCCUAUCUGCACCCGGAUUCAAUGCCCUCUCCACACAUGACGCUUCAGACGUUGAGAUGGGCGACUUCUGCUCGUGCUGCAAAUGA